AUGGUUGGUGACAAAAAACAAACCAAUGCCACCACUGGCGGUGAAAACGCCAACUACAAUGGUAAUAAUUUGAUAAAUAUACCGGAAGUCAUUGAUCCCGGCAUUACCAUACCAAUUUACGAAGAAGAUGUUAUUUUGAUGGAACAAGCAGCUCCUCAAAAACUUGGCUCGUAUAGAGCUCGUGCCGGGAAGUUCUCAAAUACUUUAAGUAACCUACUCCCAUCCAUCAGCGCAAAAUUGCAUCACUCAAAAAAGGGCUCCAAAAGUAACGAAGAAGACGGCACUAGUCAAGCAAACACGAGUAACACAACCUCAAGCCUAGAAAGUCCUAAUUCGAGCAUGAGCAUGCCUGGCAGUGCGGGAAGUCGGAGUGGUAAUGUGAUUCUAACAAGCAACACAGCGCCGUUGAAGGAGUUGCCACUGGACAAUACGAAGCUUGGACACUUGACACCUCCCCAGGAGGUCAUACAUUUCCCAGACUCCACCAACCAUAUGUUGGAUGUACCAAGAACUUCGAGUGAUUCAUUCACUUUUUCGUCUGGCUUACAACCACACCCUUCAAGAACAAGAAAUAAUACUAUGUCCUCACAGUUAACAUCACUGUCACAAGGUGGUACAGCGAAUAACAUCUGGUCAACUAACAUCAACGCUCCGGAACUACCUCAACACGCAUUGCACCAUCUCCCAACAAAUACUACCAAUAAAAUCUACUACGAUGCUCUUACGCGCACAACUUCCAAUAUUCUCAAUGAUCAGCCCGGUAUUGCAGCAAAUAACGUUAUAAACAAUCUAACGGUUCCUGGAAAUAGCAGCGUUUGGUCCUCAAACAGGCCGAGAUCUCUGUCAAAUGCAUCAAGCAUCUACAUGGACGCGCAAUUAUAUGAACACAAUGGUAGACCUCGUGCGGGAUCUAGUUAUGGCCAUAACCCUAACCAGAUACCUCUUGGCAAUAGUAUGAACACGACUGGCACAAAUGAUCCACCAUUUGUGUGUGACGACAUCGACCCAAGAUCUAUCAACUGGGUUUCCACUGAUCCAACCGUUCCACCAAUCAACCAAAUUGCAAGCCUACUUCCUACAAAUACUAUAUCCAUUUCUAACGUGUAUCCGCUACAGUUACAACAACCACAUUUGACUAAUGCAAUCAACUUGACUAGUACAUCCUUGGCGACCUUAUGCUCGCAAUUCGGCGAAGUUAAAUCCGCGAGAACUUUGAGGGGUAUCAACGUGGCUUUAGUAGAACUAGAUUCUGUCGAUAGCGCAGUUCGAGCGUUAGGUGCUCUCCAAGGGAAAGAGGUUUCAAUGACUGGUGCUCCAAGUAGUGUUUAUUUUGCGAAGAUUCUACCAAUGCAUCACCACCAAGUCUCCCAACUGAGCGGAAAUCAACAAAAUGUAUUGGGAGGUCGCGAACCUAUGCUUUCCCAACCUUUGUUACAGGAACAAUUGUUCAAUGGUGCUGUUACUUUUCAACAACAGGGAAAUGUGUCUGUUCCUGUUUUCAACCAAUACUACCAGCAGACACAACAACCAUCGGCAGCCCCACCGCAACAUAUCCAACAAUCGCACCACCAACAAGGUUCCUCUAGCGGUGCUGGAUAUCAAAGUCAUGGUCAGUCUUAUGCCUCGCAUGGAAAUGCAACCGAAAAAGAACAUUGCCCAUUCCCUCUACCCCCACCAGUACUACUGCAUGAGAAAAACGAAUUAGAAAACAUCAUCAGCUCAUUCGAGGUUAGCCCAAAUGCUGCUGAAAUCAGCACCCUACUGAACAAAUCUUACGACUUCAAGGGCACUGUCGAUAUUACUGAUUUUGGACCUCUUCCUGAGCCAGUGUCAAACAAAGCAUUCGAUGCACCAAAGUUAAGAGAACUGAGAAAGAGUAUUGACAGCGACAGUUUGUCGCAAUUAGAAUUGGAACAAUUAGCAAUUUGCAUGCUUGACGAACUGCCAGAAUUAAGUUCGGAUUACCUAGGCAAUACGGUUGUCCAAAAAAUGUUUGAAAAGGCUUCGGAUAUCAUCAAGGAUAUUAUGCUAAGGAAAACGAGCAAGUAUUUGACAUCAAUGGGUGUGCAUAAAAAUGGUACAUGGGCAUGCCAAAAAAUUAUCACAAGGGCAAAAACCCCAAGACAAAUUAUGCUAGUGACAAAAGGCAUUGAGAGCUACUGUGUUCCACUAUUUACGGACCAGUUCGGUAACUACGUCAUUCAAUGUGUUUUGAAGUUUGGAUUCCCGUGGAACAGCUUUAUCUUCGAAAGCAUCACCGCUAAUUUUUGGACUAUUGUUCAGAAUAGAUACGGUGCCAGGGCUGUCAGAGCAUGCUUGGAGGCACAUGACAUUGUCACACCAGCACAAACAUUAGUUUUGAGUAGUAUGAUUGUACUAUACGCAAAGUAUCUGGCCACUAAUAGCAAUAGCACCCUGUUAUUGACUUGGUUCUUAGACACCUGCGUUCUUUCAAACAGACACUCUAUUCUCGUACCACGUUUAACGCCUUAUAUUGUGGAAUUGUGCCGCCAUAGACUAGCCUCACUUACCAUAUUAAAAAUUUUAAACUAUCGAGGGGAUGACACCGCUAGAAAGACCACACUUAAAGCAUUGUUUGGGGACUACGAUUCGGAAGAACCUCCAACUGUACUAAAACAGAUCUUAAGUGACUCAUCGCACGGCCCCACAUUUAUUUACAAGGUACUUUCCAUGCCGCUACUUGAAGAUGACCUCAGAUCUCGCAUCGUAAAGAAGGUGUGUAGAGUUUUGCAAGAAACUCCAUCUGCGCAACAGCACCGUCGCUUGAUGGAGGAAGUUGGUUUGACUCCAUCGACGAAUGCAACGACAGGUGGUGCUCAACCCAAGCAUAGGAAGAGUGGUUCCCACCCCUUUGGCCAAGAUAAUGCGACACACGGAAGAGGACAAUCGAUGUCUAGUGUCCGUAGCAAUGGGUCAAGACAACACCAAUUGGCACCUACAAAUGGAUCCGCAGUAGGGACACAGCCCACUGUUGCUCCUUCGGGUGGUGUGGGCCCUACCCAAGGCGCUGGAAUACCGAGUGGGCUGGGCUACUACAACUAUCCGGGUAUGUUUCCAGCUGGAGGAUUUCCAGGCCCAGGAAAUGCUCCAAAUAUGUCGUCAAUGCCAAGCGGCAACGUCAGCACGAACGGCUCUGGUCGGACCUCACAUAUUGCAGAUGAAAUAUCAUCCCAACUGGACAUGUUUUACUUGGGAAAUGAUACACACAUCUCGUUACCGCAGUUAAGUGUCACUAAUCAUAGUAAUGGACCAAACGGGCCAAAAGGAAACGGAAAUCCCCGUAAAUAA